AUGGGAAAACAAAGUAGUACCCCUGAAGAAAAGGCUUGUGCCGUGGCGUUGACAGAGCACAAAACAAGCAACACACACAACACACAUUUCAUAGCGAUACGACGUCGUCACGUAUCUACCACUGCACCACCAUUUUCCAAACUUAAAACCCCACCGACCACCGCCUCAACUCAAGACGGUGAAUCUUCAUCUUUCUUCUCUCAUCAUUUCUCUCUCUCCACCCACCCAAACACUCCUUUCUUCAAACCCUUUCCAACGAAUCUCUACAUUCCUCAAACCACCUUCCCUUUUGAAUCACCGACAUAUAACAAACCCAACAACAAAGACCUAAUUUUUACUCUUUUUAUCACCACCCAAUAGCUUUUCACAAUCUGGGUCGAACCCAUUUUCUCUGAUACUUGUUUGUUUUUGAAGUUUGGAUCUUAUGGUUAAGAAGAAAAAUAAUGGAAGAAAUUGAAGGUAGAAACUCUAGUGAGAGUCGACCUCCACAUCCUAAUCCAUCUAUUGCUUCUGCAUUUCGUCAAUGUCAACGCAAUGAUCCUCUCGUUUUGCCAUGCAGAAAAUCCCUUGUUCGUCACGCUUCUCUUCAGACUAAAAUGAAGUUGUCUGCUGAGGAUGUUACUGAAGAUUGCCAGUCUGAUUUCCUUCCAAACCUUCGUUCGGGAGGAUAUGCUGAUAUCGGGUUCCGGUCAAGUAUGGAGGAUGUGUAUGUUUGUGUUGACAACUUUAUGCAGGGUCAUGGGCUCAACAAACAUACUGAUGGACCGAGUGCUUUCUAUGGGGUGUUUGAUGGACACGGUGGAAAGCAGGCAGCUGACUUUGCUUGCAAUCAUUUGCCGAAGUUCAUUCUCGAGGAUAAAGAUUUCCCAGUUGAUAUUGAAAGGAUAGUUUCUUCGGCCUUUCUGCAAACAGACAAUGCAUUUGCAGAAGCUUGUUCUCUCGAUGCUGCCCUUGCAUCUGGUACCACUGCAUUGGCUACACUUAUUAUAGGAAGGUUGCUGGUGGUGGCAAAUGCUGGAGAUUGUCGAGCAGUGCUGUGCCGUCGUGGAAAAGCAAUUGACAUGUCAAGAGACCACAAACCAGUUUGCAUGAAAGAGCAGAGGCGUAUCGAGGCAUCCGGGGGUUAUGUCUACGAUGGAUAUCUUAACGGGCAACUUAAUGUUGCUCGAGCUAUUGGUGACUGGCACAUGGAAGGCAUGAAAUGCAAAGAUGGUGGACCACUAAGUGCAGAGCCUGAACUCAUUACUACAAAACUUACUGCUGAGGACGAAUUUCUAAUCAUAGGCUGCGAUGGGAUUUGGGAUGUUUUUAGAAGCCAAAAUGCUGUAGAUUUUGCUCGGCGCAGGCUUCAGGAGCAUAACGACCCAGCCGUAUGUAGCAAGGAUCUGGUUGACGAGGCUUUGAAGAGAAAAAGUGGAGACAAUUUAUCUGCUGUCGUGGUUUGCUUUCAGCAGCAUCCUCCUCCGAAUUUGGUAGCACCACGCUCCAGAGUUCACAGGAGCUUCUCUGCUGAAGGUUUGAAGGAGUUGCAAAGCUUUUUGGAUAGUUUGGAAAAAUGAGUUGGCACAAGUCUUUUUGGUUCCUUCUUGUUUGAUUUUCUUUUCUGUAUCUGUUAUGAGAAUUAAAAUUCAUUUGUAACUGUAGGUGUUAGGUGUAGUAGGAUGAGAGAGAACUUUCUGACUGUAUCAUAUGCGGCAUCUGACAUUUUAAUUUACUGGUACUGGUUCUUUCUUAAACACUUGAGAUUAUAUUAACAACUUUUUACUUUUAUUCUUUUACUAA